AUGACACCCGCUCCAGCACAACACACAGAUCAGCUCCAUGGCUCCCGGAUACUCGUUAUAGGGGGAACAUCGGGCAUCGGUUAUGCCGUGAGUGCAGCCGCACUUCAUCAUGGCGCAGUAGUGACCAUCGUGGGAUCGAAUAUCCGCAAGCUCAAGGAUUCCAUCGCCCGGCUGAAAGCCUCGUUCCCAUCCACAGACCACGAUAACAUUAUCGCAGUCCAAUGUGACCUCAGCAACCCCGACACGGUCGAGCAUGAUGUCGAGAAGGCUCUCCAUCUGGCCGCUGGAGAAUCCAAGAUAAAUCACAUUGUGAUCACCGCAGCGGACAUGACCGCUCCACCUCCCUUGGCGGACCUCACAGUUGACUCUGUGCAGCGGCCGGGCAUUAUUCGACUGGUCGCCCCAUUGAUGGUAGCAAAGCAUCUUCCGAAAUAUAUGGACAAAUGCCCUCAGAGUUCGCUCACCCUAACUAGUGGUGCCCACUGUUUGAGACCAGACCCUGGCUGGACAGUCAUCUCAGGGUAUUGCGGUGCGGUUGAAGCUAUAUCGAGAGGAUUGGCCAUCGAUUUGAAGCCACUGCGGGUGAACGUUGUGGCCCCAGGAGCAGUUCUCACAGACGCCGUUAAGGAUAUCCUCGGGGAUGCAUAUGACGCCGCGGUGGAAAUGGCGGAGGCAAAGUCGACGGUGGGACAAACUGGGUCUCCGGAAUGCGUUGCCCAAGCAUAUAUUUACCUAAUGAAGGAUCACUAUGCUUCGGGAUCGGUUGUCUCAACGAACGGUGGCAUGCUCCUUGUCUAG